GAGAGUGUGUGAAACUUCUGAGGUUCUGUCAUUAUUAAUUUAAAAAAAAUGUUUUAUUAUGAUUAUUAAUCGAUUUGAUGUUAAAAAUUGGUUUUUAUAAACUGUAAAAUAUGAAUAACAUGGAAGUAACUUCUUUUGAGGGGUUAAUGCCUCACAUUCAAGCUCUUAUUGCACCACCAACUUCAGAGGAAGCGAAAUCAGUGAAAUUAAGAAAAGAUAAAUUAGAGAAAAAGCAUGCAUACUUUAAAAGACCUGGUCGAGGCCAUAAUCGAGAUUCAUGUGAUGCAUGUGAAGAUGGUGGAGAAUUAAUAUGCUGUGACAAAUGCCCUGCUUCUUUCCACCUUCAAUGUCAUGACCCACCGUUAGAUCCAGCUGAUAUUCCACAAGGGGAAUGGAUUUGCCAUGCCUGUAAAAAUAAUUCGAGGAAAGAUAUAGUUGGAAAAAACAAAAAAAGAAAAUCUGCUUUAGAAAUUUUAGCUUUUGCUGCAUCUCUGGUUAAUCCAAGAGAAUUUGAUUUACCCCGUGAAUUGCAGCUUCCAAUUACAUUUCCCGGUACCGACAAGACUGAUUUAAUUCAUAAUAAAAGGAGAAAACAACAAGGUUGCAACAACAUUAUUGGAAAGAAUCACUGUAUGGAAAAUGGAUCUAUUGUACCUCUACCUGCUCGCUUAUGCUUUGAGUGUGGACGAAGUUGUAGAAAAGCGCCAUUACUUGCAUGUGACUAUUGUCCACUAUAUUUUCACCAGGAUUGUUUAGAUCCACCGUUGACUGCUUUACCAAGUGGUAGAUGGAUGUGUCCAAAUCAUGUGAAUCAUUUUUUAGAUCAACGAUUGUUGAAUUCAAGCAGCGCAACAGAACGUGUAAAAUUGUGGGAUCGUUUUGCAAAUCGUCAAAUUGAUCAACAUGCCGUUAAACUGCAGUUUCUUCGAAAAGCACACACUAAUAAUCCAAUGUUUCGAAAAAAAAUUCAAUGUGGAGAACGAUUGAGAGUAAAGGUGCCAUGUUCAAUAAAGCUCUACUAUGCUCAUCCUCCAGAAUUAGACUUUAUUCAUUCCUAUAGAAGUGUUGAUUUUUUAUCUCCUAUCGUAAAACAAGAUAUACAGCGGCGAAAUGAGCUGCAGGAUAUGAAAAGCAUUGAAAAAUUAACAUCUACUGUUGAUGCAUCAUCUGAAAAGGAGAAUGAAGAAACAGAUAUUGAAAUGCAAAUUUGUGAACAAGAGAGGGAUAAUUUGUGUGACGAAAGCAAUAGCCAUAACAAAAAUAUUUCGUAUCCAGCUGCAAAAAAGGAGGGAAUCAAAUUAUUGGAGUGGCCUGUUGUUGAGGCAUUAGCUUUACAAAGACUAGAGCAGAUAUUGAAUCCAGAAAAUGAAGGAUAUAAUUCUAUAAAUUGUCAUUUAAGGGUCAGAGCAGUAUUAUUUCCAUUGACUCAUGUGCCUGGUCCUCCAGUAUUUAUGUCCUAUAAAACUUUUACCGUUGGGACUGGUCCAAAUUGUGAUUUAUCUUUAAGCAGAUAUGGAAAUUGCAGUUUCAUUUCAUCGAAGCAUGCUAUUAUUUUUUUUGACGAGUACACCAAAAGAUAUGAAUUGCUCAACUACAGCAGUUAUGGAACUAUUGUGGAUAAUAUAUUAUAUUCAUCUGACUAUGUAAAACGUUCAUAUAAUAAUAAUAACAACAACAACAACACCAACAACAAUAACAACAACAAUAGUAAUAAGAAAACUGAUCCAAGAGGCAAAAAUGAUAAUAUUGUUGAAGAAAUUAAAAAGAUUGCAAAUAGAAACAAUAUUUCAAAGAGUCAGCCAUCGUCGCCUUCUGAACAUAUAAAAAGGUUUAAUUGUAAAUGUGUUUUAAAUAGAAAGUUAGUUUGUAAAGAAGAUGGUUGGGAGGGUAGCGCAAUUAUUGACCACGGUUCUACUGUAUCUUUUGGAUGUCUAGCAUUCUUAUUCAGUACCGUAGAAUAGAGAAUAAUUCUUUUGUUUAAUUAUUAAUUACUAAAAUUAAGAAUUACAAUAAAUCUUUUCUUUUUUAUUGACGA